AUGUCGACGCUCGAGGAUCUGGAUGACAUGGAGCGCGAUGGGAAGAAGGAGGAGAACAACGACGACGGCGACAAGGACAAGAAGCCCACCGGUCAAACCGGAGAUGAGGAUAUGAAGGAUGCCGAUAAGAAGGAGGAGGAAGAAGAGCAAAUCGAUGAAGAGAUCCUCAACUCAUCCACACGCGACAUCACCUCCCGACGACGCCUAAUAGAAAACGACACGCGCAUCAUGAAAUCCGAGUUCCAGCGACUAUCACAUGAAAAGCAGAGUAUGAUGGACAAGAUCAAGGACAACGUCGACAAGAUCGAUAACAACCGUCAACUGCCAUAUCUCGUCGGAAACGUGGUGGAGAUACUAGAUCUCGACGUUGAGGCCGAGGCGGCUGAGGAAGGUGCAAACAUAGAUCUUGACGCGACACGAGUAGGCAAGAGCGCGGUCAUCAAGACGAGCACGCGGCAGACUAUCUUUCUGCCGCUGAUCGGCUUGGUGGACCACCAGAAGCUCAAGCCCGGCGAUCUGAUCGGUGUCAAUAAGGAUUCUUACCUCAUUCUGGACACCCUGCCAGCCGAGUACGACAGCAGAGUGAAGGCGAUGGAGGUUGAUGAGAAGCCGACGGAGAAGUAUACCGAUGUGGGUGGGCUGGACAAGCAGAUUGAGGAGCUCGUCGAGGCUGUGGUCUGGCCGAUGAAGGAGGCUGAGCGGUUCAAGAAGAUUGGCAUCAAAGCGCCCAAGGGUAAGCUUAUCGCCUCAGAGAUACACUCUCUACUAUACUGACCAUCUUGCAGGCGCACUUAUGUACGGUCCUCCCGGAACUGGCAAGACCCUUCUAGCCCGUGCUUGCGCCGCCCAAACCGAAGCGACCUUCUUGAAGCUCGCCGGUCCUCAACUCGUUCAGAUGUUCAUUGGAGACGGUGCCAAGCUCGUCCGCGACUGCUUCGCCCUGGCGAAAGAGAAGGCCCCCUCGAUCAUUUUCAUUGACGAACUGGAUGCAGUUGGUACAAAGCGUUUCGACAGCGAGAAGAGCGGAGAUCGUGAGGUGCAGAGAACAAUGUUGGAGCUGCUGAAUCAGCUUGACGGCUUCGCAUCGGACGACAGGAUCAAGGUGCUUGCAGCCACCAACAGAGUCGAUGUGCUCGACCCUGCGCUGCUGAGAUCAGGUCGUCUCGACAGAAAGAUCGAAUUCCCGCUUCCGAAUGAGGAGGCGCGAGCUCAGAUCUUGAGAAUCCACUCACGAAAGAUGACGGUAGAUGAGGGAGUCAACUGGCCUGAGUUGGCACGGAGUACGGAUGAGUUUGGAGGUGCACAGCUAAAGGCCGUGUGCGUGGAGGCUGGUAUGAUUGCACUGCGGAGUGGACAGAGUAAGAUCUCGCAUGAACACUACGUGGAUGCCAUUGCGGAAGUGCAGGCCAAGAAGAAGGUUAGUGGCACCUCACCCCAUUCCAAUCUCUUGGAGCGAUUGCUAACGUGGUCUUGCAGGACACCGUCAAUUUCUACGCCUAA